AUGGACUCUGGCUAUUUGGAUGCCUGCACGUUUGGAGACGACGGGGAAUGGGUCGCACGCAAUUUGUUGAAUGCCCGCUCACAAUCACAACUAGCUAAAUCCGCCGGAUUGACGAGUUCAUACCGGUAUCUCGGCUCAAAGAUUGAGGACAGGGGACAGGAUAACCUCGAGUUCUGCGUCCUCGGCCGUCAAGGAAGACACUUUGCACGAUGGCUCAACGGCUCAUCUUGCUGGCAGGCUUCGAAUGAUGCAUUGAGUGCCAAGAUCAAAGAGCACGGCAGCGGUAUCCGCGCCAUGUCAUUUGGAUACGACGACACUUAUUUGCUUUCACACGGGACGGGGCAGCCUCGCUGUGUGAUGGGCUGGGCGCACGAUCUCAAAGGCCACUAUCCUCAGCUGUCUUCGUGGCUCGAGGAGGAGCGGUCUGUCAGCAUCGUGGUAAGUGAGAAGCCGCGCGCGUGGUGUUGCUGCGUAGAGUUCUGA